AUUUGCUGCUAUUGUGAACAUUAAUGGUAGCGCUUAAUUUGCGCAAGGUAUUUGCUACGAUAUUUUGUCGCUCUAAUUUUGUAUUAAGAUAAAAUGUCGGGUCAAUUAAUGAAACGUCAGCAGAGUCAACGAGACGCUGAAAAUGGUCUCUAUCCGACAGUGCCGUCCGAGCGAGAACAACAACAAAUGCAAAAGCCCACACCUUCACGACCACCCCCACGACGACAGGAUACAAUCGAUAUGGAAGUGAUACCUUUGAAUCGCAGCCAAUCGGCGCCAGCGGGCGUUGAGGCGGAUGACCGACGACGUGCCCGCCGUAUAUUUGACAAUCAUGACGCCGAUGGCGAUGGCUACAUCAGCACACACGAACUUAAAGGUCUUAUCAAUGCUGGCUUAUGCAGUGAUAUCCCCGAUUAUAUCGCUACGCAAAUUUUGCAAAAAUCAGAUGACGAUAGUGAUGGUCUCUUGGAUUUCGAAGAAUUCUAUCGGAUGUCGCAAACACACAAAUGGAUGAUAAGAAACAUUUUGACCAAAUAUUGCCGCUUGGUUGUGCCACCGCCGAAAGCGAUCGAAGGCGAUCAAUUGGAUGGCGUGUACGAGAAGCAAAUGUCCGUUUGCCCCCCACCACUGACUAUGGUUAUGUUCUCUAUAAUCGAAAUUUUGUUCUUCUUGGUGGAUGUUAUAUAUUUUCAAGAUGAUCCCAACAACACCGCCAACAUUGGUGAGAAUACCAAUGGACCUGCGGCGACUCUAUUCAUCUACAAUCCAUACAAACGUUACGAGGCCUGGCGCUUUGUCACUUACAUGUUCGUGCACGUCGGCUUAAUGCAUUUAUUCAUGAAUUUGGUCAUACAAAUAUUUUUGGGUGUUGCCUUAGAGCUGGUUCAUCAUUGGUGGCGUGUAGCCUUAAUAUAUUUGGCUGGUGUAUUGGCUGGUUCGAUGGGCACUUCAUUGACAAGUCCGAGAAUUUUCUUAGCUGGUGCUUCGGGUGGUGUUUAUGCGCUAAUUACAGCGCACAUUGCUACCAUCAUUUUGAACUACAAGGAAAUGGAGUACGCCAUUGUGCAGUUAUUUGUAUUUCUCAUCUUCUGCUUCACGGAUUUGGGUACUUCUGUUUAUCGCCAUUUGUCGGACCAACACGAUCAAAUUGGUUACAUUGCCCAUUUGUCGGGCGCCAUAGCGGGUCUACUUGUGGGCAUAGGUGUGCUGAGAAAUCUGGAGGUACGGCGCUGGGAGAAGAUACUCUGGUGGAUCGCUGUUAUACUUUACUUCUCGCUGAUGAUGACUGGUGUGUUGAUCCAUGUGCUCAUGCCAGCUUAUUUCCCGCGUCAAGAAUACAAUUAGACAAAUUCUAUGCAUACCUACUACAUUUCACAUACACACAAACAUACGUAUACGUAUAUACUAACAUGCAUAGUAGUUAAUGGGAAUUUUAAAUUUGAUAGUAUUUUUACAAUCAUUGUAUUUAAUUAGAAUAGGAGAUAUACUCGUAUUGCUAUAUGGAACUAUACAUAGACGCACAUGCCGAACUUUACAAUAACCGGACAGAUUGUAUUUUUUUAGACUUAAGUUGUAAUGUGUUGAGCAUCAAAGUGCCUUCAGAGGUUUGUGUACAGACAAAUUCAGAAAAGUGUAUAAUUUAUUGCAGUUUGAACUUAAUUAAUACUUUAAAAAGAAGAUACGUACGUAAAGGGUUUCUCAAGAGGUAUGACAUGUUUUUUUGCCUUUAAAGUUGCUUUUUUUUUGUAUUUUGCAGUUGCCCAAAGAGAAGGUUGUGGAUGCAUAUAUUUUGUCAUGGCAAUUUUCUAAGCUGUGCGACACUUAAGCAGAGGAGGGCCAUUUACAUUACUUUUGUCAUGAAAUUUUAAAAACAUAUCGUACCUGUUGGGAAACCCUUUAGUUUAUUAUUUAUAAGUAAAUAGAUUUGAAUGAAGCAAAAUUUGUUUUACAAUUAAAAAAAAAAAAUAUUUUGAAAGCGCCUUUAACGGAAGUAAAGGAAGAAGAAACGCCCAGGAAUUGAAGUAAAUUAAUUUUUUACAAACAAGUGUAAAUUAUUUGCAGAGUAUUUUUAUAUUGUAUUAGUGCUUAAUUAUAAGCAGAUAUUAAUUUAUAAAGUGGAUAUACAAUUUUCUGUUUGAAAUAGAAAUGGUCUUUAAAAAAUGGUG